AUGUUUUUUCUCUUGUUUUGUCUCAUCUUCCUCCUGAAGUCUGUGCUUAUAUCAACGGAGCUGAAUCCCUAUAACUGUUCCAAGUACUGGAAGCCCAGCACCUACAGGGAAGCAGACGUAAUUCUAGGUGCAUUUAUCCCCAUGUACAUCACAAUGGAACUGACCCAAAAGAUCAGUAUACGUUUCAACAGAAAUCCAUAUGUGCUAUGGGAAAUCUUUAUGUUCAGAUGGAAAAACUAUCAAUAUAUGCUGACCUUAUACUUUGCCAUUGAGGAGAUCAAUAAGGACUCACACCUGCUCCCCAAUGUGACCUUGGGUUUCCACAUCUACAAUGCUUUUCUUUCUAACCUAAAAACCUUGGAGGGUCCUCUGAUGUGGCUGUCUGGAAGGAGUGAGUAUAUCUGUAACUACAAAUGCAAAACUCAACACAAAGCUCUAGGAGUUCUUUCAGGAACCAUGCCUGAAUUUUCUGCUGCAAUUGGAACACUUUUGGAACUCUACAAAGUCCCACAAGUCACAUAUGGACCUUUUGAUACUGUGCUAAGUGACAAAGGUACAUUCCCAUCCCUUUAUCAGAUGUCUCCUAAAGACAGAGCUGUAACCCAAACUGUCAUCUCUUUACUGCUACACUUUGGCUGGAAGUGGGUGGGGCUUUUUGUGGCUGAUGAUCUGAAAGGAAAAGCGUUCCUUUCUCAGCUUAAAGCUGAGAUGACUUCAGAAGAUAUCUGUGUGGCUUUUACACAAAUAAUCCCAGUUAAUUGGAACUCUGGGGAAAAACAUAGAGCUGGUAUUGUGAACUUGAACCAAUACACAGAAGUAAAUGUAGAGGUAUUCUAUGGUGAUGUAGAUGACCUCCUUGUUUUCUGCCUUCAAAAUAAUGUAUUUUUAAAAGGAAAGAAAGUGUGGAUCAUGGCAAAGCAACACUUUACAUAUUUAGAGACUAUAUUCAAUGAAAAGAAUGAUUGGAUAAACAUUUUCAGAGGAAGCUUCUCAUUUUCAAAGAAGAGAAUGAUCCCUGGCUUCAAGAACUUUCUUGAGGCUCUUAUUCCAUCCCAGUACCCAGGAGAUUUAUAUUUCUAUAAAUUCUGGGUUGACAAUUUUUAUUGUUCUCCUCCUGAUUUGCUAUGUGGAAAUCCUAUACCCUGUCCAUCAAACAUUUCUCUAAAGCGUAAGCAAGAAAACCAUGAUGUGAUGACUAUUUCUGAGCCCAGCUAUUCCAUAUGGAAUGCAGUGUAUGCAGUGGCCCAUGCCCUCCAUAACAUGCUGUUGUACAAAACAGAACUGGGAUCUCAUGAAGACAUAAGCAACAGCCAGCUUCUACCAUGGCAGCUGCACCACUUUCUGAGGACAAUCCAAGUUACAAACGCUGCUGGAGAUGAAAUAAGCUUUGAUAAGAAUAAUAAUAUUAUGGAAAAAUAUGAUAUACAGAACUUUAUGGAAUAUACUAAUUACACCUCAUUACUAGUUAAAGUAGGAGAGUUUGUCUCUAAGAGUCCACAAGAUCAAGGCUUUUUUAUCAAUGAAGUUCUGAUUAAAUGGCCAAGCAACUUCAAUCAGACUCCUCAAUCUGUAUGUACACAGAGCUGUGGUCCAGGAUUCUGGAAAGUUCUACAAGAAGGAAGACCUGUCUGCUGUUUUUCUUGUGGAUUUUGUCCAGAGGGGCACAUUUCCAACCAGACAGAUCUUCAGAAAUGCAUCCCUUGCCAAAGACAAGAGUACCCAAACCCUGAGAGAAACCACUGCCUGCCCAAAUCAGUGACCUUCCUGUCCUUCGAGGAUCCUCUGGGCAUGGCUCUGGCCUGCAUAGCUCUGGGCUUCUGUGUCAUCACAGCUAUAGUGUUGGGGAUCUUUCUCAAGCACCAAGACUCACCCAUUGUUAAGGCCAAUAACAGAACUCUCAGCUACAUUCUGCUCAUCUCCAUCCUCCUUUGCUUCCUCUGUCCCUUUCUCUUCCUUGGCCGCCCAAACACAGCCGCAUGUAUACUGCAACAAAUUGCAUUUUCACUUGUGUUCACACUGGCUCUUUCCACUGUUUUGGCCAAAACUAUAACUGUAAUUAUGGCUUUUAGGGUCAUGAAACCAGGAAGGACAAUGAGAAGGUUGUUUGUCUCAGGCAUCUAUAACUCUGUCAUCCCCAUCUGUCUCCUGAUCCAAUUUAUGCUCUGUGGAGUCUGGCUGGGAACUUCACCUCCCUAUAUCGACACAGAUGCACACUCUGAACAUGCUCAUGUCAUCCUUUUAUGCAACAAGGGCUCAGUUACUGCUUUCUACUGUGUGCUAGCAUACUUAGGGACCCUGGCCUUAGGGAGUUACACUGUGGCUUUCCUGGUGAGGAAUCUCCCUGACACUUUCAAUGAAGCCAAGUUCCUGACAUUCAGCAUGCUGCUGUUCAUGAGUGUUUGGGUCACCUUCCUCCCUGUCUACCACAGCACCAAGGGCAAAGCCAUGGUGGCUGUGGAGGUCUUUUCCAUCUUGUCUUCCAGUGCAGGUCUGCUAGGGUGCAUCUUUUUCCCAAAGUGCUACAUUAUUCUCCUAAGACCCGAUAAGAACUCUUUGAGAUGCUUUAAAAACAAGAGACAUCAUAUAAAAAAUUAUCAUUUUGAUGAGUUAAUUUAG